AUGGUCCUGACCCUGCUCCUCUCCGCCUACAAGCUGUGCCGCUUCUUCGCCAUGUCGGGCCCAAGGCCGGGCGCCGAGCGGCUGACGGUGCCGGGGACAGAUCGGGACUGCGGCGCGAGCCCGUGGUGGGCUGCGGGCGGCCGCGGUUCCCGCGAGGUGUCCCCUGGGAUGGGCACCGAGGUCCAGGGCGCCCUGGAGCGUGCGCUGCCGGAGCUGCAGCAGGCGCUGUCCUCACUGAAGCAGGCGGGCGCCUCGCGGGCUGUGGGCGCGGGCCUAGCCGAGGUCUUCCAGCUAGUGGAGGAGGCCUGGCUACUGCCAGCCGUGGGCCGCGAGGUGGCUCAGGGUCUGUGCGAUGCCAUCCGCCUGGACGGCGGCUUGGACCUGCUGUUGCGGCUGUUGCAGGCCCCGGAGCUGGAGACGCGCGUGCAGGCCGCACGCCUGCUGGAGCAGAUCCUGGUGGCUGAGAACAGGGACCGCGUGGCGCGCAUCGGACUGGGCGUGAUCCUGAACCUGGCGAAGGAGCGCGAACCCGUGGAGCUGGCACGGAGCGUAGCAGGCAUCUUGGAACACAUGUUCAAGCACUCGGAGGAGACGUGCCAGCGGCUGGUGGCGGCCGGCGGCCUGGACGCGGUGCUAUACUGGUGCCGCCGCACGGACCCGGCUCUCCUGCGCCACUGCGCGCUGGCGCUGGCUAACUGCGCGCUGCACGGGGGCCAGGCUGCGCAGCGGCGCAUGGUGGAAAAGCGCGCCGCUGAGUGGCUCUUCCCGCUCGCCUUCUCCAAGGAGGACGAGCUGCUGCGGCUGCAUGCUUGCCUUGCUGUGGCGGUGUUGGCCACCAACAAAGAGGUGGAGCGCGAGGUAGAGCGCUCGGGCACGCUGGCGCUUGUGGAGCCGCUCGUGGCCUCGCUGGACCCUGGCCGCUUUGCACGCUGCCUGGUGGACGCCAGCGACACAAGCCAGGGCCGAGGGCCAGACGACCUGCAGAGCCUGGUGCUGCUGCUCGACUCGUCGCGCUUGGAGGCUCAGUGCAUCGGGGCUUUCUACCUGUGUGCGGAGGCAGCCAUCAAGAGCCUGCAGGGCAAGACGAAGGUGUUCAGCGACAUCGGCGCCAUCCAGAGCCUGAAACGCCUAGUUUCCUACUCCACGAAUGGCACCACAUCGGCGCUGGCCAAGCGCGCGCUGCGCCUGCUGGGGGAGGAGGUACCUCGACGGAUCCAACCCUCUGUGGCCAGCUGGAAGGAGGCCGAGGUCCAGACAUGGCUGCAGCAGAUCGGCUUCUCCCAGUACUGCGAGCGCUUCCGGGAGCAGCAGGUAGAUGGCGACCUGCUUCUGCGGCUCACGGAGGAGGAACUCCAGAGCGACCUGGGCAUGAAAUCGGGAAUCACCCGCAAGAAGUUCUUCAGGGAGCUCACCGAGCUUAAGACCUUCGCCAACUAUGCUACGUGCGACCGCAGCAACCUGGCCGACUGGCUGGGCAGCCUGGACCCGCGCUUUCGCCAGUACACCUAUGGCCUGGUCAGCUGUGGCCUGGACCGAUCCCUGCUGCACCGAGUGUCUGAGCAGCAGCUGCUGGAGGACUGUGGCAUCCGCCUUGGAGUGCACCGUGCGCGCAUCCUUUCCGCUGCCAGAGAAAUGCUGCACUCCCCAUUGCCCUGUACUGGUGGCAAGCCCAGCGGGGACACCCCGGAUGUCUUCAUCAGCUACCGAAGGAACUCAGGCUCCCAGUUAGCCAGCCUCCUGAAGGUUCACCUCCAGCUGCAUGGCUUCAGUGUCUUCAUCGAUGUGGAGAAGUUGGAAGCAGGCAAGUUCGAAGACAAGCUCAUCCAGAGUGUCAUGGGGGCCCGAAACUUUGUGCUGGUGCUGUCAGCUGGAGCACUGGACAAAUGCAUGCAGGACCAUGACUGCAAGGACUGGGUGCACAAGGAGAUUGUAACUGCAUUAAGCUGUGGCAAGAACAUUGUGCCUGUCAUCGAUGGCUUCGAGUGGCCUGAGCAGGCUCUGCCUGAGGACAUGCAGGCUGUGCUUACCUUUAAUGGCAUCAAGUGGUCCCAUGAGUACCAGGAGGCCACCAUUGAGAAGAUCAUCCGCUUUCUGCAGGGCCGCUCCUCUCAGGAAUCAUCUGCAGGCUCCGAUACCAGUUUGGAGGGUGCCGCACCAAUUGGUCCACCUUAG